CUGCGCCCUUGGCGGGGAUUCCGUAGGGUGAUGAGCCUUAACAUGUUAGUCGCGGUAGAUCGGUAGGGCUGCCCCAGAUUAAAAACUGCAUGAUAGUACAUUAUCGUUCCACGGGCGAGGUGUGUAUUAGUAAUGCUCGAUGACAAGUGGUAUGGACCGUCGUGCUGACAUGGUCCAACAACAAAUGAUGGCCGGUAAUUUCCUGGAGCACCACGAGCUCCAGAGGACCAACAUGCACAUGAAGCACCUGGAGCUGGCCUCGCAGGCCCAGUGGCAGGACGCGCUGCCCGACGUCCUGCCGGGGAGCAUCGACCCAUUCAGCGACGACGGCUGGGACAACGCCGAUCCGGACGUGCACAUUGAGUGCCUCAUGCCCAACGGCAUCGUGGUGCCACUUGACGUCCCCAAGGACGAGACGCUGGAGGACAUCAAGGAGAAGCUGUGGGAGAGCCGGUUCCCGCUGCGCGGCACGCUGCGGGACAUGUCGCAGUACGUGUUCCAGUGCGUGACGCCGCAGGCGGAGGCCAUCGAGCUGCUGGACGAGAGCUGUUCCCUGCUGAGCGUGCGGCCCGUGUUCCGCGUGCUGCGCGUCAUCGAGCGCGAGGGCGACAAGCACGAGAAGCUGCGCAUGUCACAGAUCGGCAAUCUCAUCGGCAAAAAUCUGCACGACUUCGAGUCGCUGAACAACAGCGCCGAGGUGAACGAGUUUCGCAGCCAGAUGCGGGAGCUGUGCACGGGUGUCGCCAGGGGCAUGGAGUCGUACACGUGGGAGCAGCGCAUGCAGUACAGCUAUCCGUGCGCCGUGUCGCGACAGCCGGAGGUGCCCCAGCUGCUGCUGAGCAAGCUGCCCCCCGAUGGCAAGAUGCCGGUGGUGCUGGAGCCGCGGCUGUCGACCGAGCACCAGGCCGGCUACGUGGGCACGACCUUCCGCGUGGCGCCCACCAUGACCACCCAGGAUCUGGUGCGUCUCAUGCUGAUGAAGAUGAUGCGCAACAGCCAGGUGGCGCCGGCCGGGCCGCCCAGCGACUACACGCUCAAGGUGCUGGGCCGCCAGCAGUACCUGAUCGGAGACCUGGCGCUGUGGCGGUUCGCGCCCACCCAGGAGGCGCUGUGUCGGGGCGUCCGACUCCGUCUGUUGCUCGUGGAGAACAGCAGCAUACCACUGCCUGACUGGGAGCCGCUUGUGCCGAACCAGCAGGCGGGGCCGGACCUGCCGCGCGCCGCCUCCGCCGGCACGCUGCUGCGCCGCCGGCCGCCGCGUGCCCUCAGCAGCUGGGACAUCACUCAGGACUUCAGCAUGACCGUGCGCUCGGUGGCCAACCUGCCGGCCGCCGCCGCCGCCGGCGUGGCGUACGAGAUCGGUCUGGUCGCGGCGCUGUUCUGCGGCGGCAAGCAGCUGUGCGAGUCGCAGAGCGUGAAUCGGCUGGCGGCGCCGUCGGACGGGUCGGUGCUCAUCAUGGAGCAGCACCUGCAGUUCGAGGUGCAGGUGCGCGACCUGCCGCGCAUGACGCGGCUCUCGCUGGCCAUCUUCGACACGGCGCGCGCCCGGCAGCCGCACGGCGGACGCUCCGGGCGCCAGGACAACGGCGGCAGGUACUACAAGUACCUGGGCUGGGUGAACACGCCCGUGUACGACUACCGCGGCCAGCUUCGCUCGGGCGACGUCACGCUCUACCUGUGGCCGUACCAGGAGCAGUCGGCGGCCGUCGACGAGCCGCUGCAGCCGUUGGCCACGGCCGUCGCCAACCCAGACCGCUCCGACGCCAUCCAGAUCAGCGUCUGCUUCGCCAGUUACUGCAAGCCCCACGGCGUGGUGCUCUACCCGCCGGUGGAGAACAUGCAGCUUUACGUGGACAGGGCGGCCAUGGACGGCCCGGCCGGCACCGACAGCCACACCGACCUGAACUUCUUCGGCAGGGGCAACACAGAGCAGGUGAAGCAGGGCUUGGCGGCGGCGUUCGAAAGCAACAUGCGGGCGCUGGACCUGACGGACCACGACAAGAAGGUGCUCUGGUCACUGCGCCACCAGUGCCACGUCAGCCACCCGAACGCGCUGCCCAAGCUGCUGCAGUGUGUCGACUGGUCCAGUCACCUAGAGGUGGCGGAGAUGACGCUCCUGCUGGAGAGCUGGCAGCCGCUGGCGCCGGACAAGUCGCUGGCGCUGCUGGACGUCAACAUCGCGGACCCCACCGUGCGGCAGUUCGCCGUCCGCUGUCUGGAGAUGGCCAGUGACGAGGAGCUGCAGCUGUACCUGCUACAGCUGGUGCAGGCGCUCAACCACGAGAACUACCUGUUCUCGAAGCUGGCCGAGUUCCUGCUGACCAGGGCCGUCCGGAGCCGAGCCAUCGGACACUGGCUGUUCUGGCACCUCAGGGCUGAGAUGGACGUGCCCGCGGUGCGGGUGCGCAACGCCCUGCUGCUGGAGGCGUACUGCCGCGCCGCGCCCCGGCACAUGCUCACCCUCACGCGCCAGCUGGAGGCGCUCAAAGCUCUCACAGAUCUCAGUGUGAAGGUACAGGAGCAGCGCGCGUCAGGCGUCGACAAAGAGAAGAUCAAGGAGUCGAUCAAGGAGCGCAUCAAGACCACGUCCGUGCAGAACAAGCUGGUCGACUUCAGCAACCCGCUGGACCAGACGGCCGUGUGCAAAAAGCUGCGGCUGGAGACGUUCACCUACUUCGAGAGCAAGAUGACGCCGUUCCGCCUGAUCUUCGAGAGCGUGGACGAGGGCGGCGACCCGAUCAACCUCAUCUUCAAGUCGGGCGACGACCUGCGCCAGGACAUGCUGACGCUGCAGACGAUCCGCAUCAUCGACAAGCUGUGGAAGGAUGAGGGUUACGAUCUCAGGCUGAACGCCUACGGCUGCAUCGCCACGGGGCCGCGCGUCGGCAUGAUCGAGCUGGUGCAGGACGCCAAGACGGUGGCCAACAUCCACAAGGAGAAGGGCAUGUUCAAGCCGACGGCGGCCUUCCGGCGCGACACCAUCUUCAAGUGGCUGCGCGACUGCAACCGCUCGGAGGAGGAGCUGCGGCGCGCCGUGCGCGAGUUCAGCCUGAGCUGCGCCGGCUACAGCGUCAUCACGUUCGUGCUCGGCAUCGCCGACCGCCACUCGGACAACAUGAUGGUCAAGGAGAACGGCCAGCUUCUGCACAUCGACUUCGGCCACAUCCUGGGCCACUUCAAGAAGAAGUUCGGCAUCCGGCGGGAGCGCGUGCCGUUCGUGCUGACGUCCGACUUCGUUUACGUCAUCACCGGCGGCGACAAGCCCGACGACAGCCUGUUCGAGGAGUUUCGGCGCAACUGCGAGCAGGCGUACAUGAUCCUGCGGCGGCACAAGGACUUCAUCAUCUCCCUGUUCGGCAUGAUGAUCUCCACCGGCCUGCCGGACGUCUCCUCGGAGCACGAUAUCAGCUUCCUGCAGAGCACACUGCAACUGGGCGUGUCGGAGGAAGAGGCGAGGAAGUUCUUCCGCGAGAAGUUCGACGAGGCGCUCAAGAAGUCGCUGAACGCCAGCCUAAACAACGCCAUCCACGUCAUGUGGACGGACAACACGGGCUAGCGGCGUCGGCCGGCGGCGCGGCGAGCUCUGGCGGUCGGCCGGCCGGCCGGCGCUCGGACGCUCCAACG